UUUCGAUUCUCGCAGCAACCCCAUCCGGCCACACUGCGGAGGGGACUGAGGUUGCCACUACGAAUGGCGAGCGAGACUGCCGGGGCUCAGGCGCCUGUCCAGCCCGACUGGGCGCCCGGCUGGCGCUGCCGGGAGCACAGCGAUCGCCCAGUUGAGCUCUUCUGUCGGCGCUGCAGUCGCUGCGUAUGCGCGCUGUGCCCGGUGCUGGGUGCGCACCGCGGCCACCCGGUGGGCCUGGCCCAAGAGGAGGCUGCGCGCGUGCAGAAACUAAUCCGGGACUGUUUAGAGUGUUUGGCGACCAAGAAGCGGCAGCAAGCUGACAACAUAGCCCAUUUGGAAGAUGCUGGGGAGAAGCUUAAGGCUUCCGCAGACUCAAGUAAAGCCUGGCUGACGCAGAAAUUCACAGAGCUUAGAUUAAUCCUUGAUGAAGAGGAAGCACUGGCCAAAAACUUCAUCGAUAAGAACGCACAGCUCACCCUGCAGGUAUACAGGGAGCAAGCGGAGGCUUGUGCGAAGCAAGUUGAGGUCAUGGAUGACUUCUCUACCAGAGCGUGGAGAAUCAGCCAGGAGCCCAACCCUGUUCAGCUGCUGCAGGCAUAUAUAGCCACUAAGGCAGAGAUGGGACAGCACAUGAGCCCCUGGGAGCUGAGCCACCCCGUGCCCCUGUCCUUCGAGCCCGUCAAGAACUUCUUUCAGCAGUUUAUGGAAGCCAUCCAGAAUACUUUGCAGACACCAAUGGACACGCGCCUGAAAGAAAACAUAAACUGCCAGCUUUCGGCCUCCAGCACCAAGCCAGGCACCUUGUUGAAAACCAGCCCCUCACCAGACAGAUCUCUCUUCAUGAAAUACGCCCGCUCGCCUACGCUGGACCCCGACACGAUGCACACGCGCCUGCGCCUGUCGACGGAUGGGCUGAGCGUACGCUGCGCGCUGCUGGGCCGCCUGGGACCGCGUCCCGCGCCACGGUUCGACGCGCUGCGUCAGGUGCUGAGCCGCGACGGCUUCGCGGCCGGACGCCACUACUGGGAGGUGGACGUGCAGGAGGCCGGCGUGGGCUGGUGGGUGGGCGCCGCCUACCCGUCGCUGCGGCGCCACGGGUCCUCCGCCUCCGCCCGCUUGGGCUGCAACCGCGAGUCGUGGUGCGUGAAGCGCUACGACCUGGAAUACUGGGCCUUCCACGACUGCCAGCGAAGCCGCCUGUGGCUCCGCCGCGACCCACACCGGCUCGGCGUUUUCCUGGACUACGAGGCCGGCGUCCUGGCAUUCUAUGACGUGGCAGGUGGCAUGAGCCACUUGCACACCUUCCACGCCGCCUUCCAGGAGCCGCUCUACCCGGCCCUGCGCCUCUGGGAGGGGGCCAUCAGCAUCACCCGGUUGCCCUAGGCGAGCUUGCUACCUUUCCUAAGUUAGUCUCCC